AUGGGCUUCACUAUUGUCAACGGCCAGAUUCUGACGCCAGGGUUGGCGAUUGUCGACGCCCCGCAGCCCUAUACGCCACUAGGAGGGGAUACCCUGCAAGUUGCUCUAGACGUCUCCGGCAACGGGAAGUUAUCACUUGACCCGUCCGACGAUGCUGCGACCAGAUUUCACGAGAUUACAAUUUUCCUGACCUCGACCGAGAAGGAGAAAAACUUCACCAUUUCCAACGGAACCUCAACUGGCUCGAACGCAUACGCUGGCCCUGUCCUUGGCCUGGAGCCCUCGUCAACCGUCAAACACGUCAAUUGGAUCUGGCCCGAGUGCUUUGUGGGCGACGGCAAAGGGAGCAGCGACUCGGCACGAGGAAACUACAACAUUUCCAUGCAUCAGUCCUUUCGCUGGAACGGAACAGAUUACUACACGGUUUUCGAGUUGCCGAUAUCCGUCUCAAAUGCGAUUGAAAAGUCCGAUAACCGAACGGAUUGUAGCUUGCUGGAGAAUGAUUUCGAGCCUGCUGUUUCCGCAGCGAGUAAUGACACCCUGCCGGGGCAGCCUUGGGAUGCGACAGGGAGUUCCAACGUCACGAACAGUCCGGGUAGUGGCAAUGCAGCUACAGAGGCUAGAGUCGGGGCAAAGCACUGGGCAUUAUUUGCGCUGGUCAUGGCAGGUAUGAUGGUGCUGUAAUCUAUGAGAUUCCCGGAAACCCCCCUAGCAGGUCUACGGAGGUGUGUAUAUUAAUCCUAAUUGUG